AUUCUUGGCCAAUCAUUAACAGGAAGUAAAAAUUUCCUGUAUUAACCUGUUGAAAAAUUUUCAUUCUUUUCAUCUUUACCACUAAUUAUUCGUUUAAUAUAGUAGAGAGAUAGGGCUAAAUUAAAGAUGGGAACAAAUAGAUCUCAGAGGUGUCUCGCCGAUUUGGAGAUUGCUAUGGAAAAAUUCAAGAUAGACGCUCUCGAGACAAACAGAGCAUACUUGUGUGACAAUGUAGACGUUGAUGAUCAUCUUUGCUUUCUUCGAUCUAACAGAAUUUUAGAUAAAAUGGCUUGCGAAAGAAUAAGAAGCCCAACAACUUCUAGAGAUAAAGAUGAUUCUGAUAAGGAAUUAAAUACCCAAGAUCUUAAAUUUCACAGUAUGGGAGAUAGUCCAUUAAAUAGCGAUAAGAUGAAUUUUGGCGAUGAUAUUGAAGAUCCUAUGGACGACGAUGAUGACCGUCAAGAUCUACUUUCUCAAACAAAAAAGCAGCCUUCUUUUUGGACAUUUGAAUAUUACCAGCAAUAUUUCGAUGUUGAAAGUUGGCAAGUUCUAAAUAGAAUAUUAGGUUCCAUGUUACCAAAUGUUAGAAAAAAUUAUUUACAACAUCAUAUUAGGCCAGUUCCAGAUUUGUACGGGCCUUUCUGGAUUUGUACCACUUUAGUUUUCACAACAGCGAUUGCUGGAAAUAUGGCAAACUAUAUUCAGCAAUAUGGAAAUCAUGAAUGGAAAUAUGAUUUCCACAAAGGUUAGUGACUUUUUUGAAGCGGUAGCAAACUCUCUACCCUUUUCUAGUUGUAUAUAAUCAAAUAAGUAAUUUCUGUGGUAUUUUAUUGGACAUUCUUAAGGCGAAAUAUACGUUGCAAUAUUCAAAUAAAAAGUCUUAAUAUUAGAUUUUUACUUUAAUUUAUCUUUAUAGUUCCCUUCGCUGCUGCGGCUAUAUACAGCUACUGGUGGUUAAUCCCUUGCAUAAUCUAUGGGUUUUUAUGGUGGAGAGGAAGUCAGGCUGGGUAUACUUUCCUCGAAAUAAUUUGCAUAUAUGGCUAUUCAUUAUUUAUAUACAUUCCAAUUUCGAUAUUAUGGAUAAUACAGAUAACAUGGUUACAGUGGCUUCUGGUCUUGCUUGGAAUGGUUCUGUCCGGUUCAGUUCUUGUCCUUACAUUUUAUCCCGCCGUUAAUCACGACGAUAAAAAAAUUAUGAUACUUAUUUUGGCCUUGAUUGUUAUCUUUCACGGUGCUCUAGCCGUAGGAUUUGUGUUAUACUUUUUCCACGUACCCA